AUGAUGGACGGCCGUCUCCUGGAGCACCCGCACGCCCAGUUCGGAGGCUCACUGGGCGGCGUGGUGGGCUUUCCCUACCCGCUGGGCCACCACCACGUGUAUGAGCUGGCCGGCCACCAGCUGCAGUCGGCCGCCGCCGCCGCCGCCGCCUCUGUGCCCUUCUCCAUCGACGGGCUGCUCAGCGGCUCGUGCGCCGCAGCCGCCGCCUCGGUGGUCACCCCUACGCCGCUGCUGCCGGCCGCCUGCGGGGUCGGCGGCGACAGCCAGCCCUUCAAGCUGUCAGACUCGGGGGACCCGGACAAGGAGAGCCCGGGCUGCAAGCGGCGGCGCACCCGCACCAACUUCACCGGCUGGCAGCUGGAGGAGCUGGAGAAGGCGUUCAACGAGAGCCACUAUCCCGACGUGUUCAUGCGCGAGGCGCUGGCACUGCGCCUCGACCUGGUGGAGUCCCGAGUGCAGGUCUGGUUCCAAAACCGCCGGGCCAAGUGGAGAAAGAAGGAGAACACGAAAAAGGGCCCAGGGAGGCCGGCGCACAACUCGCACCCGACCACGUGCAGCGGCGAGCCCAUGGACCCCGAGGAGAUCGCGCGCAAGGAGCUGGAGAAGAUGGAGAAAAAGAAGCGCAAGCAUGAGAAGAAGCUACUGAAGAGCCAGGGCCGCCAUCUGCACUCGCCCGGCGGCCUGUCUCUGCACAGCGCGCCCAGCUCCGACAGCGACAGCGGCGGCGGCGGCCAGCGCGCCCGAGGGCGACGAGGUGGAUAUGGACUGAGCGCGGCGACGGCGGAGGCGGCGGCGGCGGCGGCGGCGGGAGAGGCGCCCACUCGGCCCGGCCGGCUCAGGCUCCAACUCCCACGAUGA